UGAACUCGAAACACAUCGAGUAGUAUUCCAAAGUUGAAAUAUCAUCAGUAAAUAUGGCUUAUGUGUUGUUGGAACAACAAAAAUUGGAUUUCAAACUAAGAACUUUGGAAUUCAAAUUGAAUCAAUGGCAAAGGCGUAUGACAGAUGAAGAUGUUACUGCAAAAAUUCAUACCGGUAAAAUUCGUGGCUCCAAACGGUUGAGCAUUUAUAACAAAGUUUACUAUAGCUUUGAGCAUAUACCUUAUGCACUGCCACCGACUGGGGAUUUGAGAUUUCGUGCCCCCAAGCCCAUGACUUCGUGGAAUCAUGUAAAGGACUGUUCAUACAAUGGACCAAAAUGUAUCCAACUCAAUCCUAUGGAUUUGAAAAUUGAUGGUUCUGAAGACUGUCUCUUUGUGAAUGUGUAUACAAAUAAUUUAAAGCCAAUCAAACCUCGAGCCAUAAUGUUUUGGGUUCAUGGUGGCGCAUUUCAAUUUGGUGAAGCUAGCAGUGAAUAUUAUGGCCCAGAGUAUUUCAUUGAGAAAGACAUUAUACUGAUAACAGUCCAGUAUCGAGUAGGUGCAUUAGGGUUUUUGAGUCUCAACGAACCUGGUUUACAUACACCUGGCAAUGCUGGCCUCAAAGACAUUAUUCUAGCCCUCAAAUGGGUUAAGAGAAAUGCUGCCUGCUUUGGUGGUAACCCUGACAAUGUGACUAUAUUUGGUGAAAGUGCCGGUGGGUGUGCCGUUCACCUAUUGACAUUGAGUGAACAUGCUCGAGGUCUCUUCCACCGUGUAAUUUUACAAUCGGGUAUUGCCACCGGUGAUUGGGCCAUAUCAGAUUGUGCUUCACGUGCCUAUGAGUUGGCUCAAAAUGCUGGCUACAAAGGGGAAAACAAGGAGCGUCUAAUUCUCAAAUAUUUGCUAAAAUUGCCAGCCGAAGAAAUAGUCCGAGCUGAAAGUAAAUGUGUAACACGCCAUGAUCGUGAAUUGUUUGGUUUUGCGCCUUGUGUGGAACCGUAUUUUACGGCGCACACCGUGAUCUGUAAAUCAGUGGAAGAGUUAUUACCCCAUGCCUGGGGUAAUAGUCUACCUAUGAUCUUGGGAGCAAAUUCUUUGGAAGGACUUUUCUUUAAACGCCGCGCCGUUAUGUUUCCAGAGGUUUACCAAAAACUAUUGGAAACCUGCACCCAUUAUGUCCCAAAGAGUGCUGCCGCUAACCAGGAAAGUCCCGAAUGCAUUGAAAAGGGUCAGAAAUUGCGUAAAAUUCAUGUGAAAGGAGAUCCACCUUCAUUGGAGGAUAUGUAUGAGAUCAUUUCGUACUCCCUAUAUUGGCAUCCCUUACAAAAAGCCAUUGAGGCGCGUUUAAAGUAUGCCCGCAAAGCUCCAACCUUUCUAUACCGUUUCGAUUUUCAUUCCAACAAACUUAUAAAUCCUUUUCGAUUAUUGUAUGCAUCGAGCGAGGAAGAAACCAAUGGCCAGAGUGGUGUAGCCCACACCGAGGAACUUUCGUUUCUCUUUAGCACUGUGUUGGCCAAACCGAUGGAGCGACAAAGUCGCGAAUAUAAUUGUUUGAAAAGCAUGAUUUCACUAUGGACACAUUUCGCUGAGACAGGAAAUCCAAACAGUGCUAAAAUGGCAGAUAUCAAAUGGCGACCAUUGCAGGACCGCAAUUCGAGCAACAGCAUUGAGUCGUCAACAUACAAAUGUUUAAAUAUUGGAGAUGAGUUAAAAUUCAUCGAUUUGCCGGAAAUGGAAAAACUCAAAGUAUGGCAAAGUCUAUACGAAAUGCAUCGCACAAUGCCGGAAAAUACCCGUGGUGGCGUUGAUGUCACAAGCUAUGCUAAAUCCUCAUUGUAGGCGUAAGGAAAAAAAGGAAGAAGCACAAAGUCAAUGUUGGCUCAGUAUAAAAAAAAUCCAUUUAUGAUUGUAUCGUUGAGAAUUUGAUAUAAAAUUUAAAUAAAUGUGUAUGUACAUACUUUUGUUACCAUUAUAUGAGACUAUUAUCAAAAUACAUGAAAAAAUAUAU